UUUCAUAUUUCUUUAACAAACUUAUUUUUUUUUAUCUUUCUUUUAAACAAACACGUACGAGCUGGGCGUGUGGUUUUAUUAUGUGCUACAACGGUUUGCCAUACUUUUGUGUUUCCUGUCUUAUGACGUGUUGACUGCUCGCGCACGCUUGAUUUCUUUGCACCCCUCCCUUAAGAAGCGCCACAUGACUCGGCUGAGUAGGAAGUGUCGAGCUAGCAGCGGGCAGGAACAGCAACAGCCACCAGCAGCGCACGACGUGAAACAAUAUUUUUUUUGUCUCUCUCGAGGUUUCUUCGCAGAAACGUCCGUGUGUCUCGUUUCUCUCCCCUCCGUGAAGUCUGAGCUGUAAGUCGGCCGCAGUCAUGUACCUGAAGGUGGUGUUUUUCGCCGCGGCUCUGGCGCUCAUUAGCGCGGCAGUCACAACAGACUCAGAUGGAUGUGACGCUCUGUCCUGUGAGACAUGUGUAAACAAAACUGACUGUCAGUGGGUCAACUGCACGUCAACGUCACAGCCUAAUUGUCGCAACAUAACUCUUUUCAGCAAUGAAUCCUGCGACAUCAUUAGCUGCUCGUCUACAAACGCAUCCACCGAGGCUCCAACUCCUGCUUCUUCAAUGACUUCUCGUGUCCCUGUUGUUUCCACCACCUCUAACACCAAUACCUCAGUUUCCACACCGGCUCCCAGCAACACAUCCACCACUUUAAUGCCAAAUACCACCGCACUUCCGCCUCACAAGAACUCGACGUUUGACGCUGCGAGCUUCAUCGGUGGGAUAGUUCUGGUCUUAGGCCUGCAGGCCGUCAUCUUCUUCCUCUACAAAUUCUGCAAAUCCAAGGACCGUAAUUAUCACACCCUUUGAAGUGGCUGCACGUUAGGAUCUACGUCGUUCAGUCUUUCCUUCGCCCAACUAGACCCUUUUAGAGAAAGCCACCCCACUUAGCUCUCACUCACGAGGGUAGACUCGGGCAGUGUUUCCAGGCAGAUUUCUCCCAACGUCUUUUAUUCGAUUCUACGCAGAGUUUUUAACCUGCUAUUCCUGUGAAAAAUUGAUUCAAUUCCAACUUUACGGAUUUCAUUUGACUGGCGUUUAGGUCUUGAGCGUAUGGAUUACGUAAUCUGUUAGCAACCCCCACCCCACCUCCCUCAAGUUGUUAGUCAGUCUGCAGCGAAUCGAGUGGGCUUGUGUUAUUUACAGCCCCUUUUCUCAUGCCUUCCUCUGAUAAAUGCACCACGAGAGUUGAGUUGCUGUCCUGUUAAUCUUUGAGUUUAAAUAAAUAUAACAAGGAAACACUGUUUGAGCUAUUCUUAAAUGUGACGACUAAUGAUUAAAAAUUGCUUUUAGUCUGUCAAAUCUGUGUUUUCUGCUCCACACUUCUGUUUUGUGUGUAGUUCAAAGAUGGAGCAGGGGAAUAAAAGCAAUGUUUAAUCAUCUGUUGUCAGCCAUAUUUGAUGAGUGUCUCCUUUGUCGUUGAGGGGAGCUAUGCUGUUCACUUUCCCUGAAAUGUUAAAAACGCCAACCUUCUCGUAUAGCAGCCCGAUGCAAUAAAUCAUGUAUCGAGUUCAUUUCAGAACCACAAAUAUCCCAGCUGUCAGUCCUGGUCAUUAAAUCUUCUGGGUUGCCAAUGUGGAGCUGGCCCUUUCAUCUGUUGAGUAAUUCAAGGAGGUCAAUAAUGUAGACUAUUUCAAAAAAUCUGAGCGAAAUGUUUGUGUGGAAAAGAGGAUGAAGUGAUAAAAAAACAUGGCAUGCACCUUUCUUGAUGUGGACAGUAAAGUGCCUUUAAUGUCCGAUGUGAGUGAAAGCGAGUAAAAAAAAAAAAGAUUUAUCACUUCUGGGUGUUAGCACAGAGUCUUUUAUUUUAUUUUUUCUUGUAAGAAAGCACCAGUAUUGCAGUGUCCAUACUGCUGAUGGCUGCAGUUAAGAACAGUUUAUUAUUGCAGGAUACAGUUGGCCAUUACAUUCAUUCUCAAGGUACAGCAGGUAGAAAUAAUUCAGAUAAAUCUAGGACCAUCCCACUGGCGACUGUGGAAUAAUUUAUUAAAAUGCCGUCUGUUUUUCGCAGCAUCGCUAAUUUUUUUUCUCCCACCUCUGUUUUAGUUCGGAUGUAUAAACUGUUAAAUCAGACUGGAAGAACAUUUUGUCGUAGGUGAUUAAACCUGUUUUUUUAAAAGAAAUGGUAGGAAUAUCGGACUUAAUUUAUAAUUCUGAAUAUUUGAGCGCGUUUAGGAGAAAAAUGGUUUUGAUUGCUGGUUUCAGCUUCUCUAAUCUGCAUUGUAAACGAAAUUCUGAUUUGCAAAACGGUUGUGAAGUUCAUGUUCUGAUCAGCUCCCUGUUUUGUUUUUUUUCCCCACAACUUUGUCCAUCCUGUAUAUAGCCAUUUUCCUAUUUUUGUUCAUCUUUCAGAUUUCUGCUGAAGGAAAAGUGAAAUGAGAAGCAGAGCAUUUUGUUUGUAGCGUCGUCUUUUCUCCGUCCCUCUACUAUUGCAUGCUGAAUGCCUGGAAAUUGUAAUUAAUUUCUCUGUCAUUGCAUAUGCUCUAUACACAAGAACCACUUGAUUAUUUGUGAUUAGCCCUUAUGCUAAUUGAAAGAAUGCCUUGAAACAGUGUGCAUUAAGCCAAAGUCCUCAGUUUUGGCAUGGAGUGAGCGUUGCACUGACGAGCUUUGUUUUGUAACUUUAUCUUUUGUAAAUGUUUUUCAUG